AUGACUCUUAUACCUCCACCUCCCCUACAGGAGAAGUCUUUUUCUUGUCCUCGAGUACACCAUGAUGGAGAGACAAAGUUUGUGUUGCACAAAAUAGAAGGAAUAGACGAGGCUAAGUUGGGAUACAACAUAGUUGGAGGUGCUGCCUUGCCAGACACUGCAGAAAAGAUCACCAUCGACACCAUACUGAGUGAUGGCCCCAACGGAGGCUCAGUCGUAAAGCUGAGGAUAAAAUAUCACAGCAAAGGAGAUGCUCCUCCCAAUGAAGAUGAGCUCAAAGCUGGUAAAGCCAAGAGUGAUGCUCUUUUCAAGGUCAUUGAGGCUUACCUUUUGGCCAAUGCUUGA